AUGAGCUUAGACUUCAAAUUGUCCAACCUUCUGGGUACUGUUUACCGACAGGGCAAUCUCCUGUUUACUCCAGAUGGUACAUCAAUUUUGAGUCCUGUUGGUAACAGAGUUAGUUGUUUUGAUUUGGUUAACAGUUCGUCUUUCACAUUUACUUAUGAGCAUAGAAAAAACAUCUCUCGCAUCGCUUUAAAUCCUCAAGCCACUCUGAUGCUGACGGUUGAUGAGGAUGGUAGAGGUAUUCUAGUUAAUUUUGUGAGAAGAACUACUAUUCAUCACUUCAAUUUCAAGGAGAGAGUCUCGGAUAUUCAGUUCUCGCCCGAUGGAAGACAUUUCGCGGUUGCUGCUGGCCGUCACAUUCAAGUUUGGAAAACUCCUAAUAGAAACGACGAUAGACAGUUUGCUCCAUUUGUUCGUCAUAGAAUCUAUACUGGUCAUUAUGCUGAUGUGACGUCAAUUACUUGGAGUAAUGAUUCAAGAUUUUUCCUUACUUGUUCAAAAGAUUUGACGGCCAGAGUAUACUCACUGAUAGCGACUGAUAGCUCUGCUGCUACUAUUUUGGCUGGCCAUAAAGACAGUGUCAUCUCUGCAUUUUUCAGCCAAGACCAGGAAACUAUAUAUACAGUCAGCAAAGACGGAGCAUUAUUCGAAUGGAAGUACAUCUCAAAGCCAAAACGAUUGGGAGGCAGCACCCAAUCCAAGGAGGAGGCCGAAGACGAAGAGCAAGACGAAGAAACUGAUCUGGAUGCUAAUGGUAAUCCCAUUGAAUACAAGUUCAGAUGGAGAAUUGUAAAUAAGCAUUUCUUCAUGCAGGAUAAUGCAAAGGUUAGAUGUGCUGCGUUCCAUGCUCCAACGAACCUGCUGGUAGUAGGCUUUUCAACUGGUAUUUUCGGCUUAUAUGAGCUUCCAGAAUUCACGAAUUUACAGAUUUUGAAUAUUUCUCAAAAUGACAUUGACUUUGUCACUAUUAAUAAGACAGGUGAGUGGCUUGCAUUUGGUGCAUCAAAACUGGGUCAAUUGUUGGUCUGGGAAUGGCAGUCUGAAUCAUAUAUUAUCAAACAGCAGGGUCAUUAUGACGCCAUGAACUCGCUAGUGUACUCUCCAGAUGGUUCGAAGAUUGUCACCGCUUCAGAUGACGGAAAGAUCAAGGUUUGGGAUGCUAUUAGUGGUUUCGCUAUAGUUACAUUUACUGAGCAUACAUCAGCUGUUACCAGUUUGCAGUUCUCUAAAAAGGGCAGCGUACUAUUUUCAGCAUCUCUAGACGGAUCAAUUCGUGCCUGGGACUUGAUUAGAUACCGUAAUUUCCGUACUUUUACGUCUCCACACCGUAUUCAGUUUACUUCAUUGGCUAUUGAUCCCAGUGGAGAAGUUGUAUGUGCCGGUUCUCUGGAUGAUUUCGACAUUCAUCUCUGGUCUGUUCAGACGUCACAAUUGCUUGAUCGUUUAAGUGGUCACCAGGGUCCUGUUUCAAGUCUGUGCUUUGGAAAUGAAGGUGGUUUGUUGGUGAGUGGUAGUUGGGACAAGACUGUGCGUAUCUGGAGUAUUUUCGGUCGUACUAGCAACGUCGAGCCAUUACAGUUACAAUCAGAGGUCAUGUCUGUUGCCAUGAGACCAGACUCUAAAAGAGUAGCAGUGGCGACAACUGAUGGUCAAUUAUCAUUCUGGGAUCCCGAGCUAGGCAAACAAGUUGGAAAUAUUGACGGAAGAGAGGACAUUGCUGGAGGUCGUCAUCUCACUGAUAGAUUCUCAGCUGCCAAUUCACAAAGAUCCAAGCAUUUCACCACUCUAUGUUACAGUGCUGACGGAAGCAGUAUUUUGGCUGGUGGUAAUUCUAAAUACAUUGCUCUUUACGAUGUCGCGAAUGAGGUGCUUCUGACGAGGUUUACCAUUUCUCGAAACAUGGCUAUAGAUGGUACUGUAGACCAGCUCAAUAGUAAGAACAUGACCGAGUCUGGUCCACUGGGGCUUAUUGACACAAGUGGUGAAGCAUCUGAUUUGGAAGACCGUAUUGACAAUACCCUUCCUGGUGCCACCCGAGGAGAUGCCUCUGUACGUAAAGUGCGCCCUGCCAUCCGAACCACAUCAAUUCAGUUUUCUCCUACUGGACGCAGUUUUGCUGCAGCAUCGACUGAAGGACUGCUUCUCUAUUCGGUAGACGAACUUCUUAUUUUCGAUCCAUUUGAUUUGGAUAUUGAUGUCACUGUCGACACUACCCUCGAGAAGUUGGCUGAAAAAGACUAUUUAAUUGCAUUAGUUAUGGCAUUCAGACUGGGUGAGCGUAGCAUUAUUCACCAAGUUUAUGAAUCGAUUCCAUUCCAAGACAUUGAAUUGAUUUCAAGAGACCUUCCUCAGGUUUAUCUUGAACGUCUUUUGCGAUUCAUCUCUUCGAUCUCAGAAGAGUCUCCACACAUUGAGUUCAAUCUGUUGUGGAUUCAGCAUCUCAUCACAUACCACGGACGAUUUAUGGUGCAAAGGAGACACGAAUUUGCCAGCGCUAUGAGGGGCCUACAAAAGUUUGUUUCACGCAUUGGCAAAGAUAUUAUCAAACUCUCGAGAACUAAUAUUUAUUUGAUCCGCUAUCUAACUGGCGGUGUGGCCACCAUCGACUCUAGCUUGCUUGAGGGUAUGGAUGUGGAUAGUGACGAGCAAGAAAACAGAGAGGUUGUACCAACAAACUCUAUGGGUGUUGAGCAUGAGGAAGAUGAAGACGAAGAUGAAGAGGAUGGUUGGUUUGGCCCCGAGUCUCGAACAGAAGGUAUCAAUGGAAAAUCUGCUACUUCUGGGUCUGAUGAUGAAGGUGUUUCCGAAGCAGAGGAAGACGAGUAG